CAGUUGCGUUUUAGGCAAGUAGUAGUAUAUUUUAAUAUCCCAAACAAGAAAGCGAGCAGUUAUGGACAAAGAACAGGAAGCAAGCAACUAUUCCAAAAUCCAAUACAAAUUUUGAACUCUGAUUCCCAGGCGACCAAGAUCCUGUGAUGGUAUUCAACACCGUCUUAGUAGCGUCGGUCGCCACCGUAUCCGCCGACGUUUGGCAAUCGGUGGCAUGCUUCUCAGAACGAAUCAACAGCGACGAGCUCUUAGAUCUGGUGAUUUGUUUUCCUCUUCAACAAUUAGGUCGUUUUGCGCUUUGUGUUUGGAACUUUUUCUGUGUUCCUCCAUCUCCUCCUGAUUCUUAUUACUACUCUUAUGCCUAUUACGACGACGACGAUGGUGAUGAAUCGGAUUACGAUUCCGUCACCAGCUCCUCCGUCGGUGUGGCUGGAUUUUCCGGCUACGACCAUCGCCGUCGUGAUUCGUACUCCGAUUCCCAUUCCGACUGAUUUUCCAUCAACGGUAAUUAGUCGGCGUAGCCUGUACAGGAACCCUAAUUCUUAUUGUUAAUCCUGUUUUUUAUAUAGUUUAAAUUUUACGAAUUUUCUGGUUAUUUCUCAUCUACGAAUGGGUUCAUGUUCUUAUUUCUCAAGUUGUUGAAUUUGGUUGAUAGAAUGAGUAGUCUUUUACAUAGAUGAUUACUAUAUCAUUAUUGAAUGUGAUUUUGCUGUUUAUGAUAAUCUGAAAUCUUGAUA